GAAUCCAGUCCGCCUGCUGCUGGUCUGUCUGCGGCCUCGCCGGUUCUUUGGCUGUCGAAACGCGACGAACUGCUUCGAGAUCCGGCUCGGAACCGGCCCCCGGACCAGCCUUGAGGGUAUAACGUUAAGUCCACAAUAAGGAGAACCAUGUGCUCCGUGCAGCUGCUGCGGGUGUCGGUCCGUCAGCGGGUCCGAGCGCUCACCGAGCGGCUAACGGCGGCUGCGGAGGAGAUCGUCGGUCUGUUGGAGGAAACCGUGGCGGAGUACGAAGACAGAGUGGAGCGGUCAGAGCGGCAGAUCUGCCGCCAGAGGAGGCUGCUCGAUGCCGUGCUGAAGCCCCAAGUCCGGCUGCACAGAGCAGAUGUGGUUGUUGUUAAAGAGGAGCAGCAGGAGAGGAGCUGCAGUCUGGACCAGGACCAGGACCAGGAGGAGCCAGAGCCCCCACACAUUAAAGAGGAACAGGAGGAACUCUUUCUGCAUCAACAAACACAAACUGAUCAGAUGGAAACAGAAGCUGCUGUGAUCCAGACGGAAGAGAAACCCUUCAGCUGCGGCGUUUGUCACAAAAGAUUCGCUAGGAGUCGACAAUUCAAAAAACAUAAAUGUGUUCCGAUACAAACAGAAGCUGCUGGAGAGGACCGUGGAGGAGCAGAACCAGACAGGAAGUCGGAUCAAGAUCCACAUUUACAACCAGAUACAGUUGAUAGAACUGGAGCCUCUUCUGAACCUGAGACUGAUGACAGCGCCGAUUGGAAGGAGACCAGAGAACCUCAGUCAGGGGUAAAACUCGUGAAACGUGAAGUCCCUCUCAGCGUUUUCAGACAAGGAUUCGACUGCUCUGAGUGUGGGAAAACAUUUCGUCGUCGGGGCCAUCUGAAGUUACAUAUGAGGAUUCACACUGGAGAGAAACCGUUCAGCUGCUCCGUCUGCAGCAGAAAGUUCACACAGAAGGCGACUCUGACUCACCACAUGUUCGUCCACACGGGAGAGAAACGAUACAGCUGCACCGAGUGUGACAAAAAGUUCAUCAGGAGAUACCAGCUGAAAAACCACAAGUGUUACAGUCAUCACUCUUUAAAGGCUGAUGGAGAGGACCAGGGAAGACCAGAACCAGACAGGAACUCUCAUCCAGAUCCACAUUUACAACUGGAUCCAGAUGAUCAGACUGGAGACUCUUCUGGGUCUGAGGAUGGUUCUGAUUGGACGGAGACCAGAGAACCUCAGUCAGGUUCAAACGAUGAACUAUCAGUCAGGGAUUUUAUCUGCAAAGCUGAUAGGAACUUGUGUAUCUGUUUUAUAUGCGGGAAACAAUUUGACAACAGGACGAAUCUGAAGGUCCACAUGAUCGUCCACACACAAGAGAAACCAUUCAGCUGCAUUGCCUGCGAGAAGAGAUUUUCUAAGAAGCUGAAAUUAAUUCACCACAUGAGACGUCACCCGGCAAAUUUCUACCACCCAUCUUUUUGAGUGAUGCAAUACUUUAAAAAAGAGGGAAGAGUAUAGGGAACUACUAGCAAUGCUUUAAUUUGUCACAUGACCUCCAGGAGGUCAUAUUGGAACACUACUUUGCAGACUUUUCCAAAGGGAAAAAAGCCAUUUUGUGCCAUUUUGCGCCACAAAAAAUCACUCAAAAUGUCACUUCCUGGCCCUUUUCCAUCAGGAAAAAAAUGUAUAUUCCUACUGAUAGGUGGGUAAAUCUUCAUUUUUGAUAGUUUCAUACACUUAGACUGUUCAAGACAUUAAUUUCAAUGGGCUGUUGGUUCAAUGGUACAAUGUUUCCUACAGGCAACAUUCAGACAAGAAACCAGUUAAAAAAAAGUUCCUCUAAUUAUGUUUUUAAAUUUAAAAUGUUAUGUAUUGUACCCUGCUGAAGCUACUAAAUCUAUUAUUAACGUUUAUUAGAUAAAUUAUGGUAAAAUUAAUUUUAAAGACUUUUCUUCACUUGUGUACCGUUAUGGUACAAUGUUGCUUACGGGCAACAAACCCCAAAAACUUCCCAAAAAAAAAAAUUAUGCAAUUUCUUCAGAUUAUGUUUAUUUUGUCUAUUUUAAGACAAAAAAACCCUCACUCAUAAUACGUAUCAUAAUGCAUACCAUAAAAGGGUUAAAACUAACUCGUCACAGUUUGAGCUCUCAUCUGGUUGUUCAAGUUUUUUACUCGUUUACUCAUAUUCUUUCAACACUUAUCUGAACUCUGAAUACAAAGCUGGCUGCUGGCUCCUUGUGGCUUUGUGACUGACAGAUCUUGUUGUUAUUGUUAUUACAGUCUGCAACGUUUCAGCGUAAAUGUUUCUGAUAUGCACUGAUAUGAAAAUGUUUUAAAAUGAUGAAAUGGUCUGAAAUUGAUAAAUACCAAUUAUUCAGCUAUUUACUGUUGUUUUGACAUGUUCAUUUCUGAAAUUGUUUUGAUGUCUAAUGAUGUGAAAUGUUCUUAAAUAAAGUUAUUUGCUC